AUGGCUCGCACAGUAAGGCAGCUGAAAAAGGCAGCUCGCAUUAUCCUUGUUGGGGCCCCCGGAGUUGGAAAAGGGACCCAGACUGAACGGUUGAUCAAGAGGUAUCCCCAACUCGCAUCCAUCAGUUCAGGGGACCUUCUUCGAGAGAAUGUCCGCAGCAAGACACCACUAGGCCUCAAAGCGGAAUCCACACAUUCUCGCCGGAGAUCUUGUCCCUGA